AUGGGAUUCAACAAGAAACUCGUUCUCGCAGGUCUAGCUGUCGGUGUCACAGCGUACAUGCUCUACAAGGCAUCCAAGAAACAUCAACACUCGAAUCCAACCCAUCAGAUCGCUCAGGCACCACCUCCACCGUCGAUGUCGCAUUCCAACUCGCACGCUUCGUCGUGGGGGUCUGCCGCAGUAGCCGGUACCGCCGUCGCUGCAGCAGGCGCUUAUGCAGCCCAUCACCACAACCAACAGCAGUCCAACCACUCUGCUACCAACAAUCCCAAUCUGUCGUGGGACACGCUGCGAGACUGGAAGCACAUCGCCAACCUCCUCUCGACAUGCGUCAUGGAUCAGUACCUCUAUCCCUUCUACACGUUCGCGGAUGUCGUGCGCAUCGCUCAACACAUCGCCUCCUCCGGAGCGUUGCAGCAGUGCGCCGACAGCUGGCAACUGCCUCCGUACCUUGCGCAGGAUCUGGUGAAGCUGGCCCUGUUCGAUGUGAUGUUUUUGCUCGACGAUUCGGCAUCCAUGCGAUCGGAAGGUACGAGGAGGAGGGAUUCGUUGGCGGGAAUUCUGAAGCGAGCGGCAGAUGCAGCGGCUAGGUUCGACCCGGACGGUAUGGAGGUGGCGUGGAUGAACAGCUCCGCCCAGCAAAAGAUUCACAACGUCGCCGAGGCGGAACAGUUGACCAGCAGAUGUGCCUACGACGGCAGGUCGACCCCGAUGGGCAGCAGUCUCGAGAGCAAGAUCCUCGCGCCGUUGGUGUUGUCUCCCGCAACGCAGGGAAGACUGCAGAAGCCCGCGUUUGUUCUGGUCAUCACGGACGGCAGACCGACCGGAUCCAGCGAAAAGGGGGAGAAGAUCGUCAAAGUCUUGCAGAAUGCGAAACGAACGCUGGCCAGCACGCGGUAUGGCGAGGACGCGGUGUCCUUCCAGAUCGCUGCCGUCGGCAACGACCGCGAAGCCCAAGAGUGGCUGGAUUCGAUCGACAACGACCCCACCGUCGGCGACCUCGUCGACGUGUGCUCGGACAUCGCCAUCGAAUCGGCCCAAGUCAAGCGCAGCACGGGCAUCGAACUCACCCCCGAGCUCUACUGCCUCAAGCUGCUCCUCGGACCCAUCGACACCUCGUACGAUGCGAGCGACGAGAACGAAAAGGAGAGCAGCUGGGAUCGCAGAGCCAAGCGCAGGAGGGAGAAGAAGGAGCUGGAGAAGAGGGAGAAGCAGCAGAGGUUUGCAAGGGAGAUGGAGGCGUUUCGGAGGGAGAGGGAUGCAGCGCUGCAGGGGGCGACGCCGGUUCCGAGUGCCGGGGGUGCGCUGCCGCCCCAAGGAGAUGUGGGGUUGAGCGGGUACUCCCACCAGCCUUCGUAUCCUCCACAGGGACAGGGGUAUCAGGGCGGGUAUCCGCAACAGCAGCAGCAACCUUAUCCUCCGCAGUCAUCGUACGGCGCUCCCCCAUCGCAGCCACCUUCGAGCGGUUACCCAGCUCCAGGAGGUCAAGCAUACUACCCCCCUCCUCCCAACAACACCGGGUACCAACCCUACGGAGCCGCUCCACCAGGCGGGCCGGGCGCACCACCGCCGUACCCGCCGGCGUACUCGCAACCGUCGUACGGCCAAAGGGAUAUGCAGCAGCCGGGAGGCGGGUCGAGCUAUCCUGGUGCCGGAGGCGGAGGGUUCGUGCCGGGUACGGGCGGGUUUGCCAUGCCCACCCCGAAUGCUGGUGGCGGGUACGCGGCGCAGGGAGAGGGACAGCUGCCGCCUCCGUCGGGGCAGGCGCCGUUUGGGUUUCCUCAGGCGAGACCGUCCGGGUACUGA